AUGUGUUCAUCCAAACACCCGCUCUCUAAAGCUCGCAAGACACAAGUCUUACUCUCGGUGAUUUCGUGGCCGUGCGCGCUUGCCGCCGUCUUUGCGACGUGUCAUAGCCCUCAAGCAUGGAUCGAGCUCAUUGCAAUCACGAUUUCCGGCACCACACCUGUAUUUAUGCUCUCCAGGUAUCGCAAAUCAGGAAGCCAAUCUCAUUCGCUCCUCGAAAUCGCUACUGAUAGCUUGGUCGCCCUACUCUUGCUCGGCGUAUACAUUUCCGGCAUCAUCAUUCUUAGUUCUCAGGAGAUCGGCGCAUGGGGAGAUCGCCAAAACUACAAGCUUGCCCGUGGUAUUCCACAGGUCUACUCCAACCUUUCAUGCCUCCUCCUAAGUUUGUUAUAUUUGCGCACCUUUGCUCAAGGUUCCUUCCAUCAAUGGAUAAAGCCCAUACUCAAAGCCCGCCGUAUUAAUUACACCCUUUGCCCAGCCUGUGACCAAUCCGCGGAUGCCACUAUGACUCAAAACCCGGAUAUCGACGUCACUGCGGCGGAACAGGAAAGACCUUCUGUCUCGGGUGAUAGUCUCCAGGUUUUGUACACUGAUGAUAUCGAGUCCCAGCCGUUGCUACCUGAGAGCUCCUUGGCCGUGGAGGGUAAGCAGACUACUGGCAUCGUGAUCAAUAACUGA